GUGUUUGAUGUUGGUAAAGAUGUCGAGGUUAUCAUUCAGUCAAGCAACCGGCGUAGAGGGCCACCAUCUUCUCCAGAUCUUAAAUUGUUCCAAGCUAAAGUGCUUACUCCAAAGCAGACGGUGAUCAAAGCGAAGCUGCAACUACGCGACGAUGGCUCAAUCUCAGUGCAUUUCACCAGCUACAUUCCAGGACGUCAUCGCCUGGCUGUUCAAGUCGAGGGAAACUCUCUGCGAGGAAGUCCACGCACCUUGGAGAUCAAGGGCGAACCUGAUUAUUCAACUGGUACAACCCUCCUUCAAAAAUUACCAACGAAUUUAUUGGAGGGGAUCUUGAAUUCCUUAUGUGUGCGGCCCGACUCAGGUGGCAACAUGUAUGUCCUCGACGAAGGCGUUAUUCGUGUAUUUGAUGCUGAUUUUAAUCCUUUGCACACCAUUGAUCUACUCGAUAUGACGAAGAAACCGUGGAAUUUUACAAUCAAUAGUGAAGGUCGGAUCAUUGUAUCGGAUACUAGCAGCCAUAAGUUGUUCGUGUUCAACACAGACGGAACUUUUCUUCAUGAAAUUGGUAGUGAAGGUAAAGGUCAUGGAGAAUUGAAAACCCCUCUUGGCGUAACGGCUGAUUCGUACGAUAAUAUUGCUGUAUGUGAUGCAGGAAAUUAUCGUAUUCAGUUAUUCAAUCCAGAUACCUCGUUCAAGUGUUCAUUUGGUGACGAGCAGGAUGGCGAAACGAUAUUUCCUGUUUCCAUUCAGUUCAACAGCCAAGGUCAGAUUAUCGUUGCCGAGUCUUCGUUGUGGUUUUCAAAUUACCGCCCUUUGCCAGUGCCCCCUGGUGGUUUUGAUGCAGCGAAUGCAGUUGAAUGUGUAAAGAUCUUCAGCCGAGAUGGUCAGGUUUUGCAGAAGUUUGGCGAACCAGGAGAAGGUAGAGGUCAAUUCUGGGCACCAAUUAGCUUAGCUGUUGAUCACUGGGAUCAUAUCUGGGUCGCUGAUUUUACUUAUGGCUCGAUUCAAGUGUUCGAUGAGAAAGGAAAUUUGAAAGGGGUCUUCGCUUCUGAGGAGAAAGAUAAAGGAGCGGGAUGGUUAUCGACUAUGACAGCGGCUUCCAAUGGCGCUGUGCUCUACAUGUCUGCACCACUCUGA